UUUAUUGGGCCCUUAUUGUGGAAGCAUAUUGGAGCACGUAACAAGAAAACUGUUAUAACAAUUAUAACAUCUAAUUGGCUGGUCAUUAAAAAAUUAAUCUUGCUAGGUUAUAAAUAUCCCAAUUUUAGGGAACAUGUUCCUCAUAGAAAUCCCAGCCGAUGCUGGAUCACAGGUACAUCUGGGUCCGUGAAUCAACAGGAAGAGGGCGGGAAUAAAUGCGUGGUUUGGGAGCUCGGGAGCAAGGCGGUCAGACAGACAAGCGGGACAGCAGGCUAGCCGAAAGUUGUCCUUGACGAAUUUCUUACAGUAAUGGAAAUAUUGAAUUUUAGGUCUGAGAAUUAGAAUAAAAGACCAACUUAAUCAGUACAAAGCAACGCUUUUUGUCAAAGUAGUGUUUCGGCUUACUUUUAUGAGAGACACAAGGGUAACGGUCAAUCAAUGAGCUCUCUGGACGACCGACGUGACGUUAGAGAAGGAUAUAGAAAUGGAGGAGCAACGGUGAAGGGAUUAAUUCAGAAAGUCCAUCCUCCUCAGCGGUCCCUUAAUGAUUCACUGGAGGGAGAAAUUCAGGCCUUCCUCAUUGAUGAAGACCAACUUCACACUUACGAUGACCUCACCAAAGUCAACCCAGUGACCCCAGCGACAGUGCUGAAAUGCCUGCAGGGCAGGUACAGCAUGAAGGUGUUUUACACCCAUGCUGGCUGCACCUUGGUGGCUCUUAACCCCUUCCAGUCCAUUCCAGACCUCUACUCUCUGGAUGUGAUGAAGGAGUAUCAUUAUGCUCGUCAGCCCCAGGAGUUCAAGCCGCAUAUUUUUAUUGUGGCAGAAGAAGCCUACAGGAAUGUUCGGGGCCAGCUGGAGCCGGUGAACCAGUCCUUGGUGGUCAGUGGUGAGAGCGGUGCUGGAAAGACGUGGACAUCUCGGUGCUUGAUGAAAUACUAUGUCACAGUGGCGUCCGUCUCCUCGGUGGUGAAGAGUCAGGACACAGUGGAGAGGAUCGAGAGGAGAGUGCUGGACUCCAACCCUGUAAUGGAAGCUUUUGGGAAUGCCUGCACACUCCGGAACAACAACAGCAGUCGCUUCGGAAAGUACAUUCAGCUACAGUUGGACAGGUGUCAGCUCUUAGUUGGGGCUACUGUACAGACAUAUUUACUGGAGAAGACCAGGGUGGCCUGCCAACCAGCUAAUGAAAGAAACUUCCACAUCUUUUACCAGAUGAUGAGAGGGGCCACAGAUGAGCAGCGGAAAGAGUGGAAGAUGUCACAUGACCAAAGUUUUGUUUGGCUGCCAAAUUCUGAGAAAACAAUUGAGGAGGAUUGUUUCCAUGAGACAGUGAAAGCAAUGGUUCAUCUGGGCAUCAAUGCAGAAAGGCAAGGAGAAAUAUUUAGGAUAUUAGCAGGAAUUCUCCAGUUGGGAAAUGUCAGCUUCUCCUCUUCAGCAGAUGAAUCACAACCUUGUCACCUUGAUGCAAAAUCUAAAGACUUCUUGCAGAGGGCUGCUGAGCUGCUGUGUGUUCCUACUGAGGAGCUUCAAACAUGUUUAAGAGUAAGGACUCUGAAGGCGGGGAAGCAAAGCGUGCUCAAGCCGUGCUCGCAGGCAGACUGCAGUGUGAGGAGAGACUGUCUAGCCAAAGUCAUUUACGCCCAGUUAUUUGAGUGGCUGGUUACAUUCAUCAACAACAGCGUAUGUGCUGAUAAAUCAACGUGGUGCAACUUCAUAGGAAUCCUAGAUGUGUACGGCUUUGAAUGUUUUCAGACCAAUAACCUGGAGCAGCUGUGCAUCAACUACGCCAAUGAGAAACUCCAGCAGCACUUUGUGGCUCAUUAUCUCAGAGCUCAGCAGGAGGAGUAUGUGUCAGAGGGUUUGCAGUGGUCCUUUGUGAAAUACCAAGACAAUCAAAGUUGCCUCGAUCUUUUAGAGGGAAGCCCCAUCAGUGUGUUCUCUCUUCUUAAUGAGGAGAGUCAUCUAAAUCGAGCCUCGGAUGCAAAAACGUUCCGAGUUCGUCUGGAAAAGGAGCUAUGUGACAAUGCUAACAUCAGCUGGGACAAGUUCAGCAAGGUGCCGCACUUCACUGUGGCCCACUACGCCGGCAAAGUUGGCUAUCAGAUAGAAGGCAUGGCGGAGAAAAACAAGGACCCAGUGCCACCAGAGCUAAUUAGCCUGCUUCAAAAGUCCAACAACCAGCUUCUUCACCAGAUCUUCAAAGACAAUGAAACUGAGAGUCAGAUUAAAAAGGGGCCUGGUAAAACCACUGUGGUCUCCAAGUUCAAGAACUCACUGGAGACCCUGAUGAAAAUCCUCCACUCCACAACUCCUCACUACACUCGCUGCAUCAAGCCAAACCCUGAGUGCAAGCCACUGACUUUCAAAAAGGAGGAGGUUAUCAUUCAGCUAGAGGCCUGCGGGAUUGUGGAGACCAUCCAUAUUAGUGCUGCUGGAUUUCCAAUAAGGAUUCCUUUCCAAAGCUUCCUGCAACGUUACACACUGAUCGCUAAACACAUAAACUCAGGGGGUCACAGUGUUGUGUUAGAUUUGGAAGCUGACACUUGUCCUCAGCGACAUGUGGAGAAGAUCCUCGGUGUGGCGUUGAAACACCGCCGUCUGAGUGAAGAGCGCAGUACAUUGGUGCAUUGUGGGAGGACUAAAGUUUUUCUCACACAAGUGAUGCUAGAUUUACUGGAAGAUCAGAGGAAGAAGAUCCUGUCUCACUGCGCCUUUACCAUUCAGUGCUGUUGGCUGCGGUACCAGCGGCGCAGACGACACACCCAUCGCCAGUCUGCUACUUUGAUCCAAGCAGCGGUGCGGUCCUGGCUGGUCAGGAAUCGGGUCCGAAGAUGGAACAGAGCAGCUGGAGUCAUCCAGAGCACCUGGAGGAAGUGGAGGUCACUCUUGAAAUCCUUGGCUGAAGCAGAACUUGACGAUGCAAAGGACCUGGUGGAGGAGGAUGCACCCGCACUGAAUCCUGUCGUCAGGGAACGGGGCUCAGUGCAGCUCUCCAUCAUCCCGGAGCCCGUCGCGGUGCGAGGGUGGCCCAUGGGCCUGGCUCUAGCCUCUGCACCGUCCAUGACUGUGUCUUUGACAGCCACAGGCUUCCAGAAGAUGAUAUCUGUCAUCGCCUCCCUCAACUUGCCAUCCAGGAGGGGAGAGUACCAGGUGAAGACCAACCAGUACACGGAGGAACUCGCCUCCAUAAGGGCUCAGCCCAAGGUGAGGACACAAACACCUUCCAGAAACUUUCUGUCAUUUUGUUCAUCAGAUGAUCUUCUCUUUCUUGUUUUCUCCACAGGGAUCCAUAAAGCUGCACUGUCAGCGAUCUCCACUUCUCUACGCUGACAGGCAGCCGGACCUGAAGAGCGACGUGACGGGGUUCAAUGAGAUCCUGCUAGAGAAAACUCUGUAACCGCUCCCUCAGUGGAAAACACUACUUGCAGUGAAGCAACUGCUUCUCCAUAAUCUGACAUGAAACAUGGAAACAGGAAACAUGGUAUUAUUUCAUGCUGCCACUGUGUAUGUAGGUUAAAACACUAAUUGCCAUGUUUGUUUGUUUUUUGUUUUCUUUUUUUUUAAACGAAGGUCGAAACUGAUCUUACCCCGUCUUACAGGGAUGAACAGAAUUAUAAAACCUGCAUCCUUGCAUAAUGAUUAUUUAUCAGAAGUGUUUAUGUAAGCUCGUGCAGUGCUAAAAAUCACCUCCAUUUGCCUUGCGGCCCCAGAGAUGACAAAAUAUAUAUAAAUAUAUCACCUAAAAUUCCAAAUCUGAGUCAGGAGAGUGGAUACAAUCAUCAGCUGCAUUUAAGAUAACGUACCCCUUUCUUCUUCUUUCAGCACAUGGUGUAGAUGGGAUUAUGACGAUGCAGGAUAAACACUAACUCUUUUUAAAAGAAAUCUUUGUAAAACUGAAAAUUUAAGGCAUAAUCUUGGCGGGGGGGUUUUAAAGAAAAAAAAAAUACCAGGGCUGCAGGCUUUUGUCUCCUGAUAGAUGAUCAGAGUAUUAGGCCUCGAGACAAGUGCCUUUCUUAGAAUCCACGAUCAAACCACAUAUGAGCUGUACAUGUAUUUAUUGGGCUGAUUAUUUAUCUGUGACUUAAUUUUUCCAGUCUUGUGUUUCUGAUUCACGUUUAGUUUUGUGGUUUCUGCUGGGAGGAAAAUGGUAAUCGAGCAAAUAUUGCACAUGUUAAGCGAAUAUUGCACUUUGAAAGCAUGCACAUUCUUAUGUAAUCAACAAGAUUACACGACAGGGUGUCUACAGGCAUGAGCAGGUAAAAUGUAUUUUAUUAAUUUUCAUUCUCAUACCAUUUUAAUAGCCCAGAAUCUUUAUCUUGACUGAUGAGCAGGCUCUGAUAUCUUCAGGGUGUCCAGCAGUGUAAUCAACAGAUUGAUCCUGCAUAUUUACACUUUGCUGGCCUGAGGCUUCAGGGAUUUUUAUAUUUUUGAGGCAGUUGUUUUAAACACCAUUAAAAUUAGUUAAUCAUUAGCCUUUUUAUUAUUGCCCCUGAGCAGCUAAAGGCUGAUGGUGUACCGUCAUCACCCCACCAGGCAGGCAGCGCGGACAUUUAAGUUUGUGAAUGCAAUAACUGGAGAAUGAGGUGAUACCAUAGGUGUGUCUACUAAAAAUGUUGGACAAGUUUGUAUGUCAGUGACCUCGACCUCAAGGUCGGAGCAAGUUGUCUGAAAACCUUUUCAACGCAAUAAACUUGAGAACAACAUGACAUAGGAUUUUGAAAUUGAUACUGUAGGUGUGUCUACUAUAGAACUGAGAGGAACCACUGGUGGUCGACAGUAUUUUUAUGAAAACAGGCAAACAAGGGUAUUAUUGUACAAAUAGUAAAGUCAUAUGAUAUGAUCUAACUAUGUUGAGGCAGCAAAAACAGUGGAAUAGUGUGCCAGAAAUUCUCAGUAACUUGAGUAAAAGCACAUCAGACACAUCCACACUAAUACGUUAAGGGUUUAUAUUGAUGAGUAUUGAAGAGCUUUCAAGGAGCCGUAGACACCCUGCAUAACAGAAACUUCACUGAUGUGAACAAGGAUGAACCCAGG